UAAGUACGAUAAUCAUGAUUGUCUUCGCGAAAAAAUGAAACUUCUCUCUUUCAACUCCAACUUCCACAUAAAUAUACGCAUCGAUGCAUUCAUACACCAACAAAAUCACGUGACUUUUGGAGACAACCGAGCUGCGUUUGUCGCAUGCAUGUAUUCAUUAAUUCAAUCUUUUGAAACAAACCGGCGAGCCCGAAAAACGUAAAUUAUAGAAAAUGGAAAAGAUUCGACCACUCGCGCGUGCUUUUUAUCUUGGAACUGUGAGAUAUAAGAAGGCUUUGAAACUUCAACACAAUCUUGUCAAUUGGAACAAAGUUCAACCAGAAGUUGCAAGUCCUACUUUACUAUUAUUACAACACAACCCUGUGUAUACGAUAGGUUACAGAGACGAGCAAUACACAGAUGAAGAGCAAAAAUUACUGGAAAGUCUUGGAGCAGAUUUUGUGAAAACUGACAGAGGAGGUCUGAUAACAUUUCAUGGGCCAGGUCAGUUAGUUGUUUAUCCUGUGUUCAGUCAACUUCAGAUUGAAAUCGGUGUCAGAAAGUAUGUUUGGUUGCUUGAAGAAGUUAUCAUUAACCUUUGUAAAAAGUACAAUAUAGAAGGCAUUCGAUCUCCUCACACAGGAGUUUGGGUUGGUAAUGAUAAAAUAUGUGCAAUGGGUAUUAAUGCUCAGAAGAAAACAUUUUCACAUGGACUGGCAUUAAAUUGCAACACAGAUAUGUUAUGGUUUUCUCGGAUAGUUCCUUGUGGCAUCUUAGACAAAGGUGUGACAUCUCUAAGCUUGCAAACCGGUAGAGACGUCACAGUUGAGGAAGUCAUGCCUCAGUUUCUUACAGAAAUGUCAUCAGUAUUCGGAUGGGACAUUCUACCUUUACAACACUGUGAAUUAGACAAUAAUAAUAUUGACGACGAGACCUUAUUUCAACUAAUAACGAAUAAUGAAAAGAAUGAAACAUAUAUGGGUGUGAAAUCGUGAUACAAGCUCUGAUAUUGAAAUUACUCUUUGGUUUUUUGGUUCCUAUAUUAUUAUUACUUUGUUAAUUUUAUGCAUUUUGAAUAUAAGAAAAAUUUCAAACAUUAAAUCGCAUACCUUCUUUUGUUCAAGUCGCAUGCUACUGGUGAACUAUUAUAAAAAAUAAGCCAAAUGGGUGAUUUUCCUACACCCGCUAUUGGGGGUGGACACCCCUCCUAAUUUUGAGGUGCGAUACCACACUAUAAUUACUAAUUUAAGUAUAGUUUUAUUUAAAUAUAUAGAAUAUACUGAGCCAAAUAAAACAAAUUAGGA